AUGAGUAGAAACAAUAGCGAGGAGGAAAAUAUCAUUUAAUUUGAUGAUGAUGAUAACCAGCAAGAAAAGAAUCACAAAAUAAGUGAUUAGCAGCAAAUGAAAAUAAGGAAGGACUUCUAGGAUGAGGAAAUUAUACACGAGCCAGGAAUGCAGCAAAUCAAUCAAUAGGAAUAGGAUUUAAAUAACCUUAGAUUGAACAGACCUAAAACAUCCGCAUAACAAAUGAAAAUACAAGAAUCACAACUACAACAACAGGAAUAGCAGAAUUAGUUUCAAUAGAUAUAAUACAAAAAUUCCAACAAUUUCCAACACUAAUCAGAAGAAUCAUCCAACAAUUCUGAACAAGAUUAGCACAAUUAAUCAUUGGUCAAUUUCUAAUCAGAGAUGGGAGAACAGGUUGAAUAGGAGGAUAUAAAUCAGCAAGUACAGCCAAAUCCUCUUUAAUUGCAAAGGAUCGAAGAUAAUGAUCAACAAUCCUAAUUUCAUGAAUCCCAACAAUCAUAAUCCAACAUACAACCGCCGCUGUCAUCGAGCAAUCAAAGUCAAGUUCAAGUGAAUCCAUUCCCUCCUAAACUUGAUUAUUAGUAUGUGAGAGAAUAAAUGGAAAGUUAAGAUAAAGGAAAGGCAUUCCUCACCUCUCCAUUGAUCCAAGAUAAAACCCUGCAAUGCUCAAUCAAAAGAGAUAAGAGUGGGCUUGCCAGACUCUACCCAGUUUAUCAUGUUUACACUAGCGAAGGGGAUGUGUACUUAUUCAGUGCGAAGAAAGUAGUUAUGAACACCACCUCCAAUUAUGUGAUUUCCAUGGACAAGAGAGAAUUCUCAACCAGGAAAUCAUGCUUUUUGGGUAAGGUCAGAUCCAAUUUCCUUGGAACUGAAUUCAUACUUUGGGAUGAGGGCAAGAACUUAAAGAAGUGCAAAGACACAAGCCUAUUCAGAACUCAAUUGGGAAUAGUGUAUUAUGAAAGUCACAUCAUGUAGAAUAAAGGCCCUCGAAAAAUGAAAGUCUUAAUACCUAGAGUAGGAGAUAGGAACAUUCCAAAAGUAUUCCAACCUCUUCAUAAUAAUGAAGGCAUUCAAUAUGAUUAUCAAAACAACAAGCGUGAGUUCAUUGAGGAAUUCAUCAAUAAACCUCCUAGAUGGGAUGCCAAAAUGAAAGCACACGUUCUCAACUUCUUUGGAAGAGUAGACAAACCUUCAGUCAAAAAUUUCCAAUUAGUAAAACCAAAUAAUCAUUAAUUCAUUCAUCUACAAUUUGGAAGAGUCGAUGAUCUCUUGUUCAACCUUGAUUUCUGCUACCCCCUAUCACCUCUUCAAGCAUUCUAAAUCUGUGUGACGUCUUUUGACUUUAAAUUCGCUUGUGAGUGA